GAGAAAAGUGUGUGAAGAGUGAAAAUACACUUAGAGUAGAAGUGUAUUGGUGAGGAUUGGUUUUUUGUAAUAGUUGAGUGUGAGAGUUUGCUCCUCCUAUUGUAAUUCUGUUCUUGAUAUUGAAUAGAAGCAUUUUCCAAUCCCAACAAGUGGUAUCAGAGCGAGGUUGAGUUUUCAUACACUGUUUUCUCAUUUUCAGAUAAAUUUCUACAGGUUAGAAAAUCGUGAUUUUUAAAGUUGCUCGGAAUCACGAUCUGAUCAUACCGUUAGAUUCGUCUCGUCGAGACGAGAAAUCUGGUAUUUUUGGGGAAUUUUUUGGCCACCGGAAGAGGCCGUACGCGCCGCCACAACGCGCCGGAAAACUGCCUGCGUCAUCAUUGCAUCAUCACGCAGUCCAGAGGAAGAAGACGAGCCACGUCAGCCGCCACAUCAGCGCGCGUCAGCGCCACGUCAGUCCACGUAAGUGCCAUGUCAACCGCCACGUCAUCCGUGUAAACCAUCCUCUGGGUGCCACGUCAUCGCCACGUCAGCGCCAGCGCAGUCCAGCUGUUGCCACGUCAUCCGCCUGCUGGUCUGCCCACUGGUUUGCUGCUUGAACCGGACCGAACCGGUUUGAAGUUAUGGGGGCCGGUUCACCCAUUUCCAGACCGGUUUUGGACGAGGUCAGACCGGUUCCUACCAUUUUCGGCCAUUCCGGAUCCAACGGUGAGCUCCGUUUGUCCAAAUUCGGCUCCGAAAAUAAGGUACGAGAUAUUUUGAGCGUUUUAUUAUGGAUAAAUCAUCAUCGGACACCAUGAUUGCGCUCACUUCCACAAAUUACAAUAUGUGGAAGCCUCGGAUGGAGGAUUUGCUAAAUUUGAGGGAUUUAGCCGAUCCUCUUGAUAAUAAUGGCGUGAAACCGGAUAAAAAGAUGGAUGAAGAAUGGACAAAAAUGAAUAGAAAAACUGUCGCACAAAUUCGACAGUGGAUAGAUCAUAGUGUGUUCCACCAUGUUGCGCAAGAACAAAGUGCUUACACACUAUGGGAGAAGUUUGGUAGCAUGUAUCAAGCAAAAACCGCCCGAAAUAAGACGUUACUGAUGAGGAGAUUAGUAAACCACAAGUUACGAGGAGGUAUUUUGGUGUCAGAACACACCAGUCAAUUCCAGGAUCUUGUGAAUCAGUUGAACACCACAGGAUGGGUUCUCAAAGAUGAAGAGCAGGCGAUACUACUUUUGAGCUCUCUACCUGACAGCUGGGAGACUCUUGUUGUCACUCUCAGCAAUUCUGCUUCCAAUGGCUAGGUGACUAUGCAGAUGGUCACAGAUGCCCUUAUGAAUGAAGAAGCCCGAAGAAAAGAAGCUGGGACUGAACAAUCAUAUGCCUUCGUGUCAGAAACCAGCAGACGAGGGGGAGGCAGAAAUGGAGGAAGAAGUCGAGGUCGAGGUAAAGGCCAAGGUCAAAACAGAGGAAAUUCUCGAAUUCGCGGCAGAUCACAAGAGAGAGGUAUGUCCUUUGAAAACAGUACUUGGUUUGAAGGAUAUUGCAAUUACUGUAGUAAUUAUGGGCACAGAAAAAGAGAUUGUAGAAAGUUUCUACGAGAGCAGCCACAAACGAGUCAAAAUACUAGCCAAGAAGACGGUGAGACCAUGGUUAGUUUGUCAUCAGACGUGUGUCUUGUUACACAUGGUGAACAAGAAUGUUUACACGUAGGUACUCAUGAUGUUGAGUGGGUGAUUGAUACAGCCGCAUCAUUUCACGCUACUCCACACCAGAACUUAUUCACAUCUUAUAAGUCAGGAGACUUUGGAGCUGUAAAGAUGGGAAACACGAGUUUCUCGAAGAUUGUUGGCAUUGGUGAUAUGCACAUAACAACCAAUGUCGGAUGCGCACUUGUAUUGAAAGAUGUUCGACACGUCCCGGAUCUUAGAUUGAAUCUCAUCUCCGGUACAGCUCUGGAUUAGCAAGGAUAUCUUAACCGAUUCAAAGAAGGUAUGUGGAAGUUAUCUAAAGGUUCCUUGGUUGUUGCAAGAGGCCAUAUUUGUGGUACUCUUUAUAAAACUCAUGCAAAGUUAUGUCAUCCGAGUCUCAAUGCUGUUGAAGAAGAGAUAUCACCAAACUUAUGGCACCGAAGGCUAGGCCACUUGAGCGUGAAGGGAUUAACAACUCUUGCAAAGAAGGAAGUCAUUUCCAUGGGCAAAGGUGUUGCCCUAGAUCCAUGCGAACACUGUCUAUUCGGGAAACAACACAGGGUUUCCUUCAGUUCUACCAGGAAGAAACAUUCAGAGUUACUCAGUCUUGUACACUCUGAUGUAUGCGGACCCAUUGAAGAGGAGUCACUUGGAGGAAGCAGAUAUUUCGUGACAUUCAUUGAUGAUGCAUCACGAAAGGUAUGGGCUUAUUGUUUGAAGAGUAAGGAUCAAGUGUUUGAUCGCUUCAAAUUAUUUCAUGCCAUGGUAGAAAGAGAAACAGGGAAGAAGCUGAAGUGUCUACGUUCAGACAAUGGAGGAGAGUACACUUCCCGAGAGUUCUCAGCAUAUUGCGCUGCAUACGGAAUCCGACAUGAGAAGACGGUUCCACGAACUCCGCAACACAAUGGUGUAGCCGAAAGAAUUAAUCGGACCAUUAUGGAGAAAGUUCGUUACAUGCUGAGUAUGGCUAAACUACCUAAGCCAUUCUGGGGUGAAGCUGUGCUGACAGCUUGUUAUCUUAUAAACAGGUCACCUUCUGUUCCUUUAAACUUUGAAGUGCCAGAAAAGAAAUGGUCAAGAAGAGAUGUUUCUUACUCUCACUUGAAAGUGUUCGGGUGCAAGGCAUUUGCACAUGUGUCCAAGGAAUUGAGACAGAAGCUUGAUCUCAAGUCAAACCCAUGCAUCUUUGAUCGAUUAUGGACUUAGACAUUUUAACAAUCAGAUACCACACAGGACUGCUGCCACAUCACUUGAGCGACAGCUGUCCAAGGGCCAUGACACCUUGGUGGUUGCUACACAAGAAUAUUCCAGAUAGCACACGUGUGACGUACCUGUGCAUUCUGGUACACAAAGGACAACUCUGUUACACAUAGUAUCAAUCAGCUAGUUAUCCAAGAGUUCUCUCCAAUCAACUUUACACAUGUCGCCACUUCAUUAGACUAGUACAUUUAUUCUUGUUAGCCAAGAUAUGCACGUGUCCUCACCACAAUAGAAUAUCAUCUUCUUAUUUAUUGGCCAAGUAUUUCCUCCUUAGUAUAAAUAUCACUUUCAGUAUCACUACUUUCUCGAAUUCCGUCUACCCCCUAGGUCAGAGAUCCAUCAAUUUUGAAUGUUACAAAUUGGAC